AUGGAGGAAGCCUUGCUGCCCCUGGCCAUGACCUCUGACCCCAGGCCCUUUAAUCAACAACUCCCAGAGCCUCCAGACCCAAGAUGUGUCUUGGAACCCCAGGACAAUCCUGAACUGGCACCCGCCCUGGUGUGUGCUCUUUGCUGCUGCUUUGGAAUCAUCUACUGCUGCUUCGGCUACCGCUGCUUUAAGGCAGUAAUGUUUCUCUCGGGCCUGCUGUCAGGAGCUCUGGUGAUCUUCCUGCUGUGCCACAAGGAACGAGUGCUAGAGACACAGCUGAGCCUGGAGGUGAGCGCGGGCAUUGCGCUGGGCAUCGGACUCCUCUGUGGCCUGGUCACCAUGUUGGUUCGCAGCGUUGGGCUCUUCCUGACUGGUCUCCUGCUAGGCCUAACCCUGGGUGCCGGGGCCCUGCUGGGCACAGAGCCCAUCUACCAACCACCUUCAGCCUGGGUGCCAGCUGGGGGGCUGGUGGGGCUGGCACUGCUGGGAGCCCUGCUCACGCUUCGGUGGCCACGUCCAUUCACAGUUCUGGGCACGGCCCUGCUGGGUGCUGCGGUGCUGGUGGCCUGUGCUGACUACUUCCUAGAGGGGCUGGCACUGGGCAGUCGGCUGGGCCAACGCUUGCAGGCACUUCCAGCCUUGCCUCCUCUCUGCUGGUAUAGCUGGGUCUUGCUGGGCACCUGGCCAGCCCUGGGGGCCCUUGGGGCCCUGGCCCAGUGGAAGCUCAUGGAUGAGGAACAUGGAGGCCACGCCAAUGUGGUCUUGAGCCACCAGCGAAGGCAUCUUCAACUCCUUCGGAUCCGCCAGCAAGAGGCCAAGUGGCACCGAACAUCCCCUGGGGUGGGGCUCUGUGAGGGCAGUUACCGGCGCCAGCUCCCCCACAACGGCCGGAGCCCUGCUGAUAGUCUGGCUCCUAGUUAUCUCCAGAGCCUUCGAGAGCGCCAACUGGGACCAGGCACCCGGGCCACAGCCCCCCACACCGUCCUGGACUUGGAUUCUGACUGUGGUUCCACUGUACCCCUCACCACACCUUCUGGUUCCACCCAUACCUGA